AUGUGGAGCCUAACCACAACCGCUGGAUUGCUGGCCAUCGAAUGUGCGAUGGCUGGUGCGACUUCGCAACCAACUUCGGGUGCUGUUUUGGGUCCUUCGACAUACGCCGCGCCCGGAUCAUUCCCCAUUUCGUUAUAUCAGUCCUACUACAAUGUCCCAACCGCGAGCUCUGCUGAGCCACAGCCGGUGAUUUCGGAUCCAGUCACUAGUGAUACUUGGGAGUUUCACCCGUUGCCACCUAUAGCAUCGCCAUUGCAGAUACUUGAUCAAGCAUUCACCCAGAUUCUGUCGAUCGCCACUAAUCCGGUAUUUGGCAAUGAUACAUGCACCCGAUGCCUAGCUGCACUGGAGAUUGGUAAAUUCGUCGCACUUUCCGCCCCAGAGGUAGGGCCGAAUCUCACGGUACAGCUCUGCGAAUACUUCGAACAUUCGACUAGCAGCUGUGAGGCCGAGUACGGUAUGUACUCGCUGGGCAACGUCGUUACCCAGGUCGCGGCCUAUGCCGAUCUUGGGGGCUAUGAUGGACAGAUGUUAUGCGCCGUGUAUGCUGGCCUCUGUCCGCUUGCACCAACCAGCAGCUUGAACCUGACAGGCUGGUUCGCUAAGCCGAAACCGGAUCCUCUUCCCCCUGCGAGGAAAGCUACCGGACAGCGACUGAAGAUAUUGCAUCUUUCUGAUCUCCAUAUAGAUCCUCGGUAUGCAGUGGGUGCCGAGGCGAAUUGUACAUCCAACGUGUGCUGUCGUGCGAAUAACCCCAACACAUACAGUCCGGAUGAGGUGACGUUACCUGCCCCGUACUAUGGAUCAUUUCUCUGCGAUGCUCCAUUACCACUGGUUGUGAGCACACUGCAAGCCAUUCCAACCCUUACCGGCACGGAAGAGGACGGUUUUGCAUUCACUAUCUACACCGGUGACCUAGUAUCUCAUGACCCCUUCAAUGAACUUUCGGGAUUGUAUACCGUAUACACAGAGACCCUUCUCUAUGAUCUCAUGAAGCGUCUGGUCAAUUCCGGCCCAGUCUAUGCAGCACUUGGCAACCACGACACAUAUAACACCCUCUGGAGCACACUCUACAGCGCUCAAAAUGCACCUCAUGACUUGCCUGGUGAUCUCGCCGAUCAAUACAACUGGAAUUACGACCAUGUCGCUGCGCUAUGGCAAUUAGAUGACUGGAUCUCCCCGGAUGUUGCACAACAGGCUCGUACCACUUAUGGUGCAUAUGCUGUUCAACGACAGGAUGGCCUUAAAAUCAUUACUCUGAAUACCGAUUUCUGGUAUACACAAAAUGCGUACAACUACAUUAAUCUGUCAUCGUCAGAUAACUCCGGCAUGUUGAGGUUCUUGACCGACGAAUUGCAGGACGCAGAGGACGCAGGAGAACGAGCGUGGAUUAUGGGACAUGUUCCCAGUGGAUGGGACGCUAGCGAUCCCUUACAGAAUCCUACCAACCUUUCUCAUCUGUUUGCAGUCUACCAGAUGUUUUGGUCAAUAUCGCAUCUCGCGUGUCUUAGAGAACAUCCUCAGAUCUUCUAUGCGAACAACGCUACCAACAUUAGUGCAGCGAACGCACAGACAGUUGCAUGGAUUGGUCCCUCAGUAACUCCAUACACGAAUUACAACGCCGGCUUCCGGGUAUAUGAAGUGGACUCGGGAACGUUCGAGGUUCUCGACUCAUAUACCUGGUUCUCGAAUGUCAGCUCCUUCCCUGACCUGGAUGGGCAGACCGACUUCGGACCCACGUUCCAAUUUGAAUACAGCGCACGAGAGACCUACGGUGCGAGCGUCCCCGGUUGGGGGCCGGAUGAUCCUCUCAAUGCAACAUGGUGGCAUUUAGUUACAGAAGGUUACUAUGGAACUCGACCCUUCUCUCGUCUCGACAUUCAACCUCUACCAGACGAAGAGUUAUGUGGAUACUGCAGCUUGUACUGGGGAUUGUGUUACAGAGAAGAUCUGUUCCAUACGCAGCGCAAGUGCAAGUCUAUACUUACAGAAUUGCACUUAGUAUCUAUCAGGCUUGAUGUCCCGAGGGUGGGUAUACGCGAUGAGAUUAGGGACACAGUUCAGAUCUUCGUAUUUUAA